CCUACUCUCAUCAAACUGGUCUCACAGAGGUCGCACUGACGAAUGCAGGUAAAUCCUCAUCUCCUCUUAAAGUGCCUCAACAUGAAGAUGGAAGUAUCGUGGCUCGUGUAAAUAAAACAAAUGAUAUCAUCACAGGGCAGCUUGUUGACACUCCUUUGUCAAGUGACAGCAAAACUCGAAGUGAUGACGACACGCUAAAUAGGUUUACCUUAGUUAAUGAAAUGAAGACAGCGCCUGACCAGUUAGUAUCAAAGCAUCAACGAAGUGACUUUGUGCAUGUACAGUUUAAUUCUAUGCACCAGGAGGAUGGCAAGGAAGAGAGUGAUGAUGACUACUCGGACAUUGAUGACAAUGAAGAUGACAUGCAGAGAGACAUAUCCAAAAUCCAUCCUGUUUCAAGUGACCCAUCUACCUCCAAUAACUCAACCCUACCCCAGCCAAGCAAUUCUCUGCAAACAACUCCAAAACCCUCAGCUUCAAAGAAAUCCAUGUUGUCUCUGACCCAGCAAAAAGAGGCCUUGCUCAGCCUUCUGAAACGUCAGAACGGGACCAGCGGCUCUCAAACCUCAGAUCCUCUGGGCAGCCAGUGUAAAAUUCUAACAAAGUACGUCUUCAUCAACAAAUCCAGUCAGUGUAAGUCAGGGAAAAAAAGAUUUGGUGUCCUUUACAAAAAUGCAUUCAGACAUUUCCACAGAUCAAAGCCAAUAUUGAAAUCUCAUGAAAAGCACGGUCCAAAAACCAAC